AUGUCUUUUUGUAGAUUUCCUUUCACAGAAAACAAGAGAAUGAAGAACAGGGCGUUAAUAGUGUCUGUGGAGAACUUCUAUCCAGAUGCAGGUCUGAGCAAGAGGAACGGUGUGAAGAGAGACUCUCGGAGACUUCACAAAAUCCUCUCCAAACUCGGCUUCUCUGUGGAAAUCAGAAUAGACAUUGAAGCAGAAGAGAUCAGUGAAGCAUUUAAAGCAGAGAGCGAGAAGAAGGUCAAAGACUGUUUUGUGGGCAUCAUAUCCACUCAUGGUGAGGAGGGUGUUGUGUUUGGUGCUGACGGAUGUGCCGUGAAACUGGCCGAGAUCUACAGCUACUUUGGAGGCCCUUCAAUGGUGGACAAGAGCAAACUCUUCCUGAUCCAGGCUUGUCGAGGACAUGAGUUAGAUGGAGGUGUGGAGGUGGAGACAGACUCUUCAUUCUCAGAGGAAGAGGACGGCUUGUCUGAGCUUUUUUCCAUUCCUAUGGACACUGCAGUUAUGUACGCCACAUCACCAGGUUACGGUGCGUUCAUGCAUCCUCUGGGCUCGGUGUUGAUUCAGACUCUCUGUGAUUUGCUGGAAAAGGAAGGAGGUCCAGAUCUGGAGAUCACAAAACUUCUGACUCGACUAAACCACCAGGUGGCCUACAACUUCCAAUCGAGAGGGGAAAAGUUGGGCGGCAAAAAGCAGAUGCCGUGCUUUGUGACCCGCUUUACCAGAGAAGUUUUCCCGUUCAUGGACAGCAGGACGGCAGCAGCAGAAGAUUUGAGCUUGACCUUUGCAGCCACAAAACUCAUUGAUGAACCCAGAAGGUCCCGGAAGAGCUCCAUCAGCUGAAGAUCAUUUAACAGAGACUGACUGUGAAGAAUAUGAUUUGUUAGUCAUCUAUAUUAUCUCAUUUGAUGAGAUAACAUAACGCCACAGCAGGAAAUGAACUGUUGGGAAACGUGCCGGAUGUGUCCUAUUUUAUAGUGUUCCUUUGAAGUCUUAGGGAAUUUGCUGCUACUUUUAUUUAUUGUUCUAAAGUAAAACAAUAAUAUGAAUAUUCUGUUAUUUAUUUUGUGUUAUUAUAUAUGUAAAUAUGUGAUAUGCAAAUAAAACCUACAUUUGAGACAGUUUUUGAAAUUGUGCAACAGC